AUGGAAGGAUCAGAGGGAUCAGAGGGACCAGCAGGAAAUCCCAGCGCUGCCUCGUCUCGCCGACUUCCUGUCCAGCCCAACCCCGACACGCUCCGACCAGCUGACAAGAAGGACACGGGGCAGAGACCAGAACCGCUCAGUCUGACUGGGAACCAGGUCCACCAGAGACCCAAGAAGAAACACAAAAAUCCUAAAAAGACCCAACAGAGACCCGGAGAGAAGAACCAGAACCCCGAGGAGAACCAGCAGAGUCCUACAGAAACCCAACAGGGACCCGGGGAGAGGAACCAGAACCCAGAGGAGAACCAGCAGAGUCCUACAGAGAACCAACAAGAACCAGAAAAGACCCAACAGAGACCUACAGAGACCGAGAAGAGUCCUACAGAGAACCAACAGAGUCCUACAGACACCCAACAGAGACCCAGAGAGAGGAACCAGAACCCUAAGGAGAACCAACAGAGUCCCACAGAGACCCAAAAGAGUCCUACAGAGACCCAACAGGGACCUGGGGAGAGGAACCAGUUCCCUAAGGAGAACCAACAAGAAUCAGAAAAGACCCAACAGAGACCUACAGAGAACCAACAGAGACCUGGAGAGAGGAACCAGAACCCUGAGGAGAACCAGCAGAGUCCUACAGAGACCCAAAAGAGUCCUAAAGAGACCCAACAGAGACCUGGAGAGAGGAACCAGAACCCUGAGGAACCAGCAGACCAGCAGAGUCCUACAGAGACCCAGAAGAGUCCUACAGAGAGUAACCAGAGCCCCAACGAGACCAAACAAGAACCAGAAAAGACCCAAAAGACACCAGGAAAGACCAAACAGAGUCCUCAAGAGAACCUGCAGAGUCCUACAGAGACCCAACAAGAACCAGAACAGACUGAACGGAGUCCUAAGGAGACUCAGCAGAGUCAAGAAGGUCAACACCAGGGUCUUAAGGAUACCAAACAAAAUCCAGGGAAGACCCACAAAAGUCCAAAGACCCAAAAAACCCAACAGAGUCAAGAGGUGACCCACCAAAGUCUGGAGGAGAGCUGCCAGAACCACCAGAGUCCUCAGGGAACCAAAAAGAGUCCAGGAAAGACCCAACAGAGUCCAGAAGAGACCUUCCCACAGAGUACUAAGGAGGAACACCAGAGUCCUGAAGAGACUCAUCAAAGUUCAGGAAAGACCCACAAAAGUCCAAAGACCAAAAAAACCCAAAAGAGUCCAGAAGAGACACAACAGAGUCCCAAAGGGAGCCAACUGAGUCCAAAGAACCAACACUGGAGUCUUAACGAGACCCAACACAGUUCAGGGAAGAUUCACCAAAGUCCAAAGACCAAACAGAGUCCAAAAGAGACCCACCAAAGUCCUGAAGACAAACAUCGGAGUCCAAAAAAGACCCACUGUCCCAGAGAGACCCCACAGGAACCUGAAAACCCCCACAAAGGUCUUGAGGACAAACUCCAGAGUCCUGGAGAGAUCCAACAGAGACCAAAAGAGACUCACCAGAACUCUGGAAACAAAGACCUAAUUCCUCAAGGUCUUGAAGAAACCUCCAAGAGUUCUGGAGAGAUCCACAAAAGUUCUGUACAGACCGACAAAGUUCCUGCUAAGACCCACAAGAGUCCUGCAAAGACCCAACAGAGUUCUAAAAGAGGGUCCCAGAGUCCAGCAGAGUACCCAGACCAGAUUUGUUCCACUGAAGAUCUGAUCCAAACAGAUCCUGUGGUACCGGCACUGAAACCAGAUCUCCUAAACCUGACAGGAUCUCCUCCUGAAGAAAAACAGGGACCCAAAGACCCACCAAAACCAGGUCCUCUUCAGUCAGAUCCAGAAAAACCAGGACAUCCCCAAAGUCCCAAACCUGAACUGGACCACUCUCAGGAGAACCAAACCCCUCAGGAGAACCAGACCCCUCAGGAGAACCAAAUUCCUCAGAAGAACCAAACCCCUCAGGAGAACCAGACCCCUCAGGAGAACCAAACCCCUCAGAAGAACCAAACUCCUCAGAAGAACCAAACCCCUCAGGAGAACCAAACUCCUCAGAAGAACCAGACCCCUCAGGAGAACCAAACCCCUCAGGAGAACCAGACCCCUCAGGAGAACCAGACCCCUCAGAAGAACCAGACCCCUCAGAAGAACCAGACCCCUCAGGAGAACCCAACCCCUCAGGAGAACCAGACCCCUCAGGAGAACCAUCAUCAGAAAACCACACAUGAGAGAAAUCUUCUUCCUCCUUUAGAGGACCAGACUGAUUCAGGUCCAAACAGGAAACUAUCAGAACCCCAAAACCUGGUAUACAAAGACCAACAAGAACAUCAGACUCCUCCCCCUUCAAACCUGAACACUGAGCAGACUCCUCCCCCUUCUCACCUGGACACUGAGCAGACUCCUCCCCCUUCUCACCUGGACAGUAAGAAGACUCCUCCCCCUUCUUCUCACCUGGACACUGAGCAGACUCCUCCCCCUUCUUCUCACCUGGACACUGAGCAGACUCCUCCCCCUUCUCCUCACCUGGACACUGAGCAGACUCCUCCCCCUUCUUCUCACCUGGACAGUAAGAAGACUCCUCCCCCUUCUUCUCACCUGGACACUGAGCAGACUCCUCCCCCUUCUUCUCACCUGGACAGUCAGAAGACUCCUCCCCCUUCUUCUCACCUGGACACUGAGCAGACUCCUCCCCCUUCUCCUCACCUGGACAGUAAGAGGACUCCUCCCCCUUCUUCUCACCUGGACAGUGAGCAGACUCCUCCCCCUUCUCACCUGGACAGUAAGAAGACUCCUCCCCCUUCUUCUCACCUGGACACUGAGCAGACUCCUCCCCCUUCUUCUCACCUGGACAGUGAGCAGACUCCUCCCCAUUCUCCUCACCUGGACAGUCAGAAGACUCCUCCCCCUUCUUCUCACCUGGACACUGAGCAGACUCCUCCCCCUAUUCCUCACCUGGACAGUAAGAAGACUCCUCCCCCUUCUUCUCACCUGGACACUGAGCAGACUCCUCCCCCUCCUCCUCACCUGGACAGUAAGAAGACUCCUCCCCCUUCUUCUCACCUGGACACUGAGCAGACUCCUCCUCUUCCUCCUUCUGCAGACCAUCAGAACAUCUCGCUUCCUUCUGUAACCCUGGCUCCACCUGCUCCGCCCCCGACCUCUGACCUCCUCAGUGAGCAGGUGUUUUCCCGCCCUCCUCCUUCUUCUUCAGGUGAACCUAAACUGUGCGGCUUCCUGCUGAAGCAGGCGGGUCCUCUGAGGACCUGGAAGCAGCGCUGGUUCACCUACGAGGAGAAGAAGAACCAGCUUUUCUACUACCGAACGCCACAGGAUGUGAUGCCGCUGGGCCGGGUGGAGCUCUGCAACGCCACCUUCACUUACCCUCUGAACGCCGAGAGAGGAACCUUCCACAUCAAGACACCUGAACGCACCUUCGUACUCAAGGUAGGUCAGAGACGGUCCAGCAGAACCUGAACUGAUGAAACAUGAAUCAGCUGAUGGGUCUCCUCCUCCUCCUCCUCCUCCUCCUUAUCUUCAUCAUCUUCAUCAUCUUCAUCAUCCUCAGGGUUCGAACCUCUCUCUGUUUCAGGCUGUGACUCAGGACCUGAUGCUCUACUGGCUGCAGCAGCUUCAGGUGAAACGCUGGCAGCACAGGCAGACGUCCACCUGUACAGAGCUGACACACAACAACAACAACAACACUGCAGGUAACACACACACACACACACACACACACACACACACACACACACACACACACACACACACACAGGGAUGGGAAGGCUGUAUUUUAUAGUUGAUUAUUAAUUAUGAAAUGACAGAAGACAGCUGACAAAUCUUUGGUCCAGAAUCCAUGACUGAUCUGUUAGUCGAGUAUAAACCCAGUAGAGCUCUGAGAUCGACUGAUUCAGGUCAGAUAGUGGAGCACAGAGUUCGAACCCGACAUGUUGAAGCAGCAUUCAGCUGUUAUUCUGCUGCUUCACACACGUGGAACAAAACGACCAGCAGAACUAAAAUCAGCCCAGACUGUAAGAACUUUUAAAUCCACAUUUCUCUGUUCAUGGCUGAGCUCGUUUUAACCCUUUUAAACUUUAUCUCUUGCUCCUGCUUUUAUCUGUGUUUUUAAUGCUGUUCUUUAAGAAAAAAAAAAAGGUUUAGUUUUUAUGUAAAGCACAUUGAGUCGCCUUGGUAUGACAUUAAGGCUGUGACUUCAUUUCAGUCAAACCUUUAAAGAUAAAACUCAGGAACAGUUGAUUUAGAGGACGCCCUGAUUUCCUCCAUGUUCAAAGGCUCCUGGUGAAGGCUGAUAUCGUGGACUUCUUCUCAGUGGGCUGCAUCCAUCAACAUGGAAAAUAACAAAAUGUGAUUAGUUAUAGUUUCUGACUUUCAAAUAUCCUCCAGCUGAAGGAGAGCGGUGAUGUAUUUCAUGUUCAAGCUGUCAUCAUAUCUGAUUUUUAGUUUUUUAUUUUGAAGCAUUUCCAUAAAUACAAAAGUCAUUUAACAAAAGCAGCACAGCACAUGAGAUAAAGCUUAUUUUACCUUCCCUUCACUCAAAACAGAAACGAACAGUAAUGUAAGACGGUCUGUCCACUUCAGGUUAUUUUCCUUUAACUUUACAAACAAUAUUACAAUCACAUAAAAGGAAACAAACAAGAGCAAAGUCAGCGUCCUCAUCAGAACAUCUGCAAUAUCACAAAACACGACCCGUCAGCUUCAUGUUUUAUUAUUUUACUUUGUUUAAUAAAGUGAAAAAAUGCAGUUUUAUAAUCUAAAGCCUGAUGUUUCCUCCCCUUCAUGUAAUAUUUCUUAGUCCUGCCUUGUAAAGCGGAUAAAUAAUUUCAACAUCCCAGCUUUGAGAGCUUAUUUAUACAGAAAUCAUCUUGGUAACCACAGGGAGGAGAUGAACGCAGUUCAUGGCAACAUCAUGUGAACAUGCAGAUGGACUUAUAUUGGAGAAGACAGAUCCAGUUACUGAAAGAUGAUUUUUGUUGACGUCCCCAAACGCUGGGAUCAUAAAUCUGGUGUUG